GUGCCGACGACCACCACACUGGACUUGACCUAGACAACAAUAAUGCCUACUAUAGCCUGCACCUCCUCCUUGCGUGCACGAGACCCCAAUAUGACUCUCUCCUUGAACUCGACUCACUUUCUCAUUGCAGGCAGUGCCUCCGACACGGUAUUGAAGAUGGCAACACGCGUCCCGCCUUCGUUAGAUGUGAUUCAUAAGUCAGACGUGACCUUUUCUAUUUCUGCGACAAUGGAUGGUUCGCCAACAAUCGGCAAAGACCUAAAAGAGUCUGCUCUGGCUCUCUACUUGGUGAACUUUCUGCAAUCGCAUUCUGGACAACUCGGCCUCUCAAACGUUUCUGAACUGUAUCUGGACGAGUCAGAUGGCCGUACAAAAUUUACUGUCUCUUCCUGCUCUCAACUAGACCCUGAAGAUUGCACGCUUUACUUAACCUUGCUAUCGAUUGACUUGUCUUUCUCAUGCCGUUCAAUACCCGGGAACCAUGUCGAAGACCCAUUGCUCGCUAUCAAUCCCUUCGCUUCACACGCUUACCUCCCCUUCAUGUCCGUGCUGGGCAAUGUCUUCUACCGCUUUAUCACACAUCACCUCAUCGCUCGAUACCCGCUUAUUUUUGGGUCAUGUUGCAAUAAAAUCAACGCGGAGUUACCGCUAUUGCCUUCCAUAUGUCGAUCCCUUCUCAACAUCGUCGAUCGUUCGGCGGACCCCACAUUUCGAAAACGUGCCCGGAAAGCUCUGAAGAAAUUGAACAGUCAAUAUAUCGAUAUAAUCGCCGCGAACCUUGCGGCUUUGUCGCGAUACUUAGGUUUAUCUAACGAAGACCUAGAGGGAUUUCCGGAUCCAGAACGGACAUUAACUAGGGAACAGAUGCUACACAGGUCUCUAGUCACUUUUUUAAAGCACAGGAUCAAACCUUUCCGAUUCAAGCCUCUCCCGACUUUGAGCUCUACCUAUACUGCGGCUGUAUUCGAUUUGGUGCCAGAUACCUCCUCGCAGUCGACAGUCGAUGAAGCCCCUCUAACACCCGCCGAACUUGAACAUACUGAGUCUCCAUCUUUGACGCUUGACAUCGACAAUCCCUUCGAUUACGGUGAUGAAGACGAAGAGAAAUUCGACGAAUACUUAGACGCCUCUGAUAACGACCUUCCUCUAAAUGUUUUGGACGACGAUAACUCGGAUGAAAUUCUCGAUGAUGAUAUUUUCAUACAUGAUGUCCCGACCGACGACUUCUUGGAAGACCUGGACUUGCCUGCUUCUCCCAUACCGCUGCUCGAGGACGAACUUAUUUGGCUUCCCGAACAGGAGCUUGACGAUAGCGGAUCUGUGGAAGCGGUCGGUACUCCACCGGAACUUGCAGAUGACCUAUGGCAGAAUCACGAUAUGCUUGACUUUGCUACGAAUGAAGACUGUGCUGACGAGCUGAUGUCUUUUCUUGGGGAGGAACAUUUCGAGUUAUGCGGCUUCGAUUGACCAACCCCUUUCUGUACUGUUUCUUUCUAACGGUGUAUGUAGUGCUAUGCUAUUCCGGUACGAAACGCUGCGCAGCACGCUUGGCUGUCUCCUUUCAAGC